UUUUUCUCUACUAAUUAUGCAGAAUCCAGAGAAUAUUUCUAAUCCUCAUCAAGCUCUUUAUGAAGAUUUAUUUUCGAAGUUGAAUCCAAUGGGCAAAGAGGAAAUCGAUUCCGCCAGUAUUGCCGCUUUUUUAAGAACUGCUAAAGAUGUUAAUACGGCGCAGCUUUCUCAGAUUUGGGAAGCAGCUUGUGAAUCGAGUGGCUUUGUAAAUCGUGGAUUUCUGAACAAAUUGGGCAUUUUUAUGUGUUUUAAGCUUGUGGCUGCUGUUCAACAAGGCUUUCAAAUUUCACCUGAAAUUUUGUGUAACCCAUCCCUUGAACUUCCUCGAUUCGAAAUUGCAUCUGGUUAUAAUUUGCUUUCCCGACAACAGAGUACCACGUCUGCUUUAGCAGAAGAAAAUUGGGCCAUCGGCUUAAAUGAUCUGCAAAAAUAUGAGGCUAUAUUUAACAGUCUUGGCCCUGUUGAUGGGCGUUUAAGUGGAAAUCAAUGUCGACCAGUGCUUUUGAACUCACAACUGCCUAAGGGAAUACUGGCGAAGAUUUGGGAUUUGGCUGACAUUGAUGCCGACGGAUUUUUAGAUAAACCAGAAUUUUGUGUGGCGCUUCAUUUAGUUUACAGAUCAUUACAAAAUGAUCCGAUGCCUGAGAGACUUCCUCUUGCGCUUGUUCCACCAGAAAAGCGAAUGUUAUCACGUCAAAUGUGUCCUCGGUCAGAUGAUCUCCCCUCAACACAUCCACCUCCGCUAGCAUGGAGUUCCCGAGCUUCAAGUGUUGCAUCUCUUAAUAUACAACAACAACCGUCUCAUAGUCCACCUACAACCAAAAAUAAUAUACCAAAAUCUCUAUUCGAGCGAAAUGUGGAGGAAUGGCGUGUUGAGGAUUUGAGCCAAUUUGAAUUGGAAUUUUCUGAUUUGGAUAAGGACCAUGAUGGAUUUGUUGGCGGGAACGAUGUCCGGGAUGCAUUUCUUAGGCAAGUUUAUUUUCAUCCUGUAGGCUCAGGAAUUCGCCCUCUAAUGCCAGAAAACCCUCGAGUACAAGAAUUAACUGCUUCUAUCGAAAGUAUGCAGCAGAAAAGAAGAAAAGCUGAAGAGGAUCUUUUUCAGGCGGAGGCAGAUCUGAAAGUGAAGAAUUCUGAAGUGAAAAACCUGGAAAUUGAAUUGUUAACUCUCGAAGCGACUGUUAAGCAAUUACGUGUUCAGAGAGUUGAGGCCAACAAACGGCUAAACGAUUUAGAUACCCGUGUGGCAAAGUUAGAGACUGUCUGUAGUGAGAGUCAGAACCGUCUAGAAGAAGAAGAAUCUCGACUUCAAAAAACAAAAGCAGAUAUUCUGCAAGCUCGAGAGAAUUCUGGCCAAGAGGACAUUGUCCUCGAGCAAAUAAGAGCUGAGGCACAGAAACGAAAUGAGAGAUUAGUAGGAGCCAAAACAGCUUUAGAACAACAAAAUACGAAAUUUGUGGCUUUUGUUGAUGAAUUAACACAAUUGGAGCGAAAAAUGGCUUGUCAAGAAACUGAGAGUGGUCGUCUUAAGGAACAGAUGGAACAAAUGCGUCAUAUUCUUGAGGGAGUAGAUGCUAAUGAUGAGAAUUCCAUGAAAGAACUGCUAGAAAAAACGUUUAAGGAGAGUUUGGCAGCUGCAAAUGGGUUACCACUUACUGGAAAUACUUUUAUGGAUCCUUUUAAAAACGGUGAUCCUUUUAUGCCAAGCAAUGUAUCUGGAACAGGCCCAUUUGAAAGUGUUGGCAGUGAUCCAUUUGUAUCAAAAUCAAAGGAAGGAAAAACAAAUACUAACAAUUUCGCUAAUUUUGCAAAGUUUACAAAUUCGUGA